AAAUUCAUUCUCUGACAAUUACUCAUUUAAAUUUACAGAAAGGCUCGAAACAGCAUAUAAAAGGCUAUGUGUGUGCAUAAGUCUGUUUAGGGAUGUAACUUGUAUUUUUGAGAAAUUGAAACUAAAAGCACAUCUCACUCUCAUUUAUAAACAUGGCUUCGAAUCACCAAGAUGAUUCCGACACUGAAGGCUCAGAAUUCAGUGAUAGUGGCUCAGACUCUGAUACCUCAAAUACUUCAACCAAAGAUUCAGGCUCCUUUAUCGACUCUGACUGUGACUCUGACUCAGAUUCCAGCGAUAAAGCAGUUGCAACAGCAUGUGCUGCAUUCAAGCGUAAGAUUUGUAAGUAUUACAAUCAUGGCAACUGCCGAAAUGGAGACAGGUGUCAGUAUGAGCACAUAUGCAAAUACCACGUGGAGGGCUCAUGCCGCUAUGGCAUUGGAUGUCGUCUCAAACACAGUUCUGCUUCAAAUGCAUCACCUCAACCAAAUGAACAUCCAGACAGUGAAAGCCAUAGUAAGCGGCAGAGAAGGAAUAGCAGUCCUGUGUCUGCAGAUGAUGAAGAAGACGAUGACAGUCCCUACAGAUGGCAGUUGAAUUUGGGAGAUGGCUGGGAGGAUGUUUCCAAUGAUUUUGUCCUAGAAGCUCAGUAUUCACGCCCUGAAGCCAAAGGAAUCAACAUCUAUAACACCCCUGCUGGAGUUAUUUCGAUCGACUUUACCAAGAUGAGAGUUAUUACCAAAACUAACAUUAAAGUCCGGCGUAAAGGUUCAAAGCAAACUGAGUGGCUGUGGUAUUACCAUGGUAAACAGAAGUGGCACCAGUUUGGAGUGAAGCGUUCAAAGGGCAAAAGCAAUGGGAUUCAGAGUUCAAGACUGGAAAAGGAAUACCAAAAGCACAAGAAGGGUUCUUUUCAGUUUGCUGUUGAUUCCAGCACAUUCGAGAUUAGCUUUAAAGGAAUGUAUCAGAAAAGUUUAUCUACAGGCCAGAAAAGACGGGUUAGACGACGCCCUAAAUAUGAUCCGUCUAAAGCUGUAGCAAGCACGUUGCCCUUCAGUUUCCGGGGCUUGAUGGCUUCAGUGUGGCAGUUUGAAGGGAGAGCUGGUAAAUGGCACACCUUCAAAAAAAUGGGUGGAUGUUCAGUCUCAAGUGAUGACAUCGAGAGCUGUUACCAAAGUAAACAGAAGACAAUGACAUUCAAUGUUAAUGGUGACCCUUACACACUGGAUUUUUCAAGGAUGAAUCAGGUUAACCAAAGAACAAAUGCCAGACGCAAGAUCCGCCGCACUUAAUGGGUGUGCAAAAGCUCAAGAACAGGAGUUUGCCGAAUUAAGGCUGGAGGUGAUCACAAGCCCCACUGACUUCCAGAAAAAAGAAUACUGUGGAAGUCAAUGGGGCCUCUGAUCGGUUUGGUUACAAACUUAAAUUAUCUUCCUUUGUGUUUAUCAGAAUAAAUACAUUUAUACAGGUUUGUAACAACAUGACAGCAAAUGAUGACAGAAUUUAUAUUUUUGGGUGAACUAUUCCUUUAAGUGAAUAUGAACGUUAGGUGAAAAUAAGAUUCAGGAUGUUUUAUUUAGAAUUACUGCCUGUGGUGAUAAAAAAAUAAAAAGUUAUGUUUACAAAUUAUGUUUACAAAUGAUAGUUAAAUAACCUUGUGAUUAUGUCUUCUUUAUGAUAAUAUUAAUGAAAAUGAAGUGUCCUUAGAAAUGCAAUGCUUUCUGUAUGGCUUGAAGAAUUAUACAAAGUGCCUAGUAAACAUUUGACUUCCUUUUAUGCCAUUUUUAAUCAAAAACUGCCUGAGCCAGCUGGCCACACAGCUGUAUUUACCAUGUAUACACUAUACUGUAUGUGGUUUUGUUACAUGAAGCUGCCGACAAUUGUUUUUGAUGUAUAAAAUACAACGUAUAGGGAAAACACCUAAACAGGAUUUUCUUAAAAUGUGAUUUGUAUCUGUUUAUUACUAAAACAUAAAAAAAGCAUUAAAGACAAAGCUCAAGUUGACAUUAAAUUAACCUGAGCUAUGAAAUGGGUGCUCUUAUGACACUUUCCCUUGGGCAUGAGGCAAUACACAAACUACAGAAUAUGUAUUUUGAAUGGGUUUUUAAACAUUAUGUAAAAUCUUUGUUUUAAAUGUUGUAUGCUAUAUGUGGUUAGGAUUGUAUAACAAUUAUCAUUGGAGUUUUCUAAUAAGUCACCAAAUGCUGUCAUUUUUUUCCACACACAAUAUUAAACAUUGUUUUUA